ACUGUUGCGGAUAUUAUUCGAACAUGUCUUGGUCCUCGGUCGAUGCUUAAGAUGCUUCUUGAUCCAAUGGGUGGUGUUGUUCUCACUAACGAUGGUAACGCCAUUCUUCGUGAAGUUGAAGUUGCACAUCCGGCGGCUAAAAGCAUGAUUGAGUUAAGCCGAACUCAAGAUGAAGAAGUUGGUGAUGGUACAACAAAUGAAUAUGUCGAUCGAUUGACUCAAGCAAUAGUUUGGAAACCUGUUAACCCUGUAACGACUGAUCAUGUUCCAUCUUUUAUAAAACAAACUGGAUCUUUGAAGCAAAUAUAUCAUACUUCCGACAAAACUUUAAAUAAUCCACCAACACCCUAUGAUCUAACCCUUUCGUCUCUUCUAUCAGCUGGCCUUCAUAUAGGACAUUCAAAGUCUUUAUGGAACCCUAACACAUCUCCAUUCAUUUUUGGUAUUCGCCACGGUAUCAGCAUCAUAAAUCUCGAUCACACUUUGAUUUACUUACGUCGUGCAUGUAAAGUCAUUCGAGAAAUAAGUUAUCGUGGUGGUAUAAUUCUAUUCAUUAACACACGUGGUGGAGGUUUUGCUCGUGCAACAAUCAAUGCGGCAAAACGUUGCCAACAAUUUCAACUUACAACACGUUGGUUACCUGGUACCAUAACUAAUUCAUCACAAAUAUUGGGUCAUUUAAUACCAAAAGAACCUGUUGAAAUAUUACCAAAAAUUUUUAAACCAGAUUUAAUAAUAUUAUUAAAUCCAUUAGAAAAUUCGAUUGUAUUAGAAGAAGCAAAACAUGGAAAUGUGCCUACAAUUGGAAUUGUAGAUACAGAUUUUGAUCCUCAGAAAGUUAGUUGGCCUAUACCUGCUAAUGAUGAUUCUGUUAGAGGAGUUGAAUUAAUUGCGGGUGUUCUUAGUGUUGCUGCCAGGGAUG